AUGGACCAACAACAUCGCAUCAAGGCUUACCGCUUCGUCGCCUACUCGGCUGUCACCUUUUCCGUUGUGGCGGUACUUUCCGUCUGCGUUACCCUGCCCAUGGUUUACAACUAUGUGCAUCACAUGAAGAGGGCCAUGCACAAUGAGGUCAAUCUGUGCAAGACCUCCGCCAAGGACAUCUGGAGCGAAGUGCGCAGUCUGAAGGACCUCCCGAACGUGAACAGAACCGCCCGUCAAGCUGGAUACGGUGAUGCUGGAGUAUCCGGUGGAAGCGCCUCCUCUGGUGGAAGCCACUGCGAUUCGUGCUGCUUGCCAGGACCAGCUGGUCCGGCAGGUACC